UCUUCUUCUCUUCCCCAUACAGUGACAUCUCGGUUUUACUGAAACACCCACUUGAAUUUUGAGGCUACAUAAUCAUUUUUUUUUUUCAUUUCUUGAAACUAGGUGAAAACAUUAUUCUUGGUUUUACACCUUUUGUUGAUUCUUAUCUUCUCUAAAUUUUACUAUUUUCUUGUCCUUCGCGUGUCAAGGACAAUAGAGGUUGGACCACUGAAUUUAAAGUUGAUUUAGAUUGUUAGAGAACGACAAUUGGGUAACUUUGUUCUUUGCUGGGGUAGUUGGAGGAUUAGCCAAUUAUCUUUCUUUUUUUCUGUACAAGUUAUAUACACAAAAAGAAACUCAAGAAAGAGAAAAGUUGCUUGGUUUUGCUUCUUUCAUGUGACCAAAAGGUCGAGUUCCUUCAUGUGAUUUUAGUAAAUGCGUUUUGUUGGGAUAGUGGAGGGAAAAAAAAGAAGAUAAAAAAAAAAGAAAAAAGCUUGUGAAGAUUUUGGGUUCUUUGGUUUUGAGGUGAAAUUAUGGAAUCAUCAUUAAAUCAGAAGUCUCUUGAGAGAGUUGUUUCACAGAAGGCUUUGCAGAUGGGGAGUUCGUUUUCAUGCCAAAUUUGUGUGGUGGGUUUUCUCUGUGGAGUUUGCCUUACCUCUCUAUUUCUUGCUGCGCUUACAUCACUUGGUACUUUUGAGCUUGGUGGAAUCUCAUUUCCCAUUUCAAUCAGUACUUCUCUUGGGAAUUCAAGCUCAGAAAUUAUCAGUCAAGACUGCAAUUUUGUUCCAAAAGCAACGAAGAAAACGAUUGAUUCAACGGGAAGCAAAAGAAAAAUCAAUGAUGAGAGGGUGUCAUUACUGUACUCAGCUUGGGAAUCUUUACUAACAGGAUCACUUUAUGAAGAGAAUGAGAAUAUGAGGAAACUUGGAUUAAACAAGUCUAAUGUGCCAAAUGCUCCUCAUUUGGAAAACUGCAAAUCAAAAACAUGGCUAAACGAACAGUUCGAUAAACGCAAUGGGAAUGAGAAUUUCCCUCCAUGGAUAAGCUGGAAGGGACAGUUGGGGAUGUAUCCAGCAGCCGUGACCAAUGAGCGGUUUAAUUAUUAUAAGCAUCUGGCUGCUUCUGAAGGAACUUAUCCUCCAUGGAUAACAGGGUCCGAUGAAGAAAACUACCCUCUAACUAGAAAGGUGCAAAGAGACAUAUGGCUUCAUCAGCACCCUUUGAACUGUAAAGAUCAUAGUGUAAGAUUUCUUGUAGCUGACUGGGAAAGAGAGCCGGGAUUUGGUAUUGGAGCCCAACUUGCUGGGAUGGCUGGGCUUCUCGCGAUUGCAAUAAAUGAGAAAAGGGUCCUUGUUACCAACUACUAUAACCGAGCGGAUCAUGAUGGUUGUAAAGGUUCAUCCCGUUCAAGUUGGUCUUGCUAUUUUUUCCCAGAAACAUCCCAAGAAUGCCGAGACCAUGCAUUUGAGCUUCUGGGGAGUGAAGAAGCACGAAAGAAUGGAAUCAUAAAGGAAAAACAAAACUAUAAUUCAAAGGAAAUAUGGGUCGGACGUACUCCUAGGCUAUGGGGUGAUCCUUGGAGUUUUCUGCAGCCAACCACAGAAAUAAAUGGCAGUUUAAUUGCUUAUCAUCGCAAGAUGGAUCGAAGAUGGUGGAGAGCACAGGCAGUUCGCUAUCUUAUGAGAUUUCAAAGCGAGUACACGUGUGGAUUGAUGAAUGUUGCUCGCCAUGCAGCAUUCAGAAAGAAAGCUGCAACAAUGGUUAUCGAAAGUUUUUCUGGAGAAUGGCCUAAGGAUCUUACAAACAAUCAAAGGUCCGACAUUGAAGAUUUUGUAUGGUCAAAUCACAAGGCUUGGAUACCACGGCCGCUGCUGAGCAUGCACGUAAGAAUGGGAGACAAAGCCUGCGAAAUGAAAGUAGUCGAAUUCAAAGAGUACAUGCGUCUCGCCAACCGCAUCAGAAGGCGCUUCCCACACCUCAACAGCAUUUGGCUGUCAACUGAAAUGCAGGAAGUGAUAGACAAAUCCAAAGAGUACACUAACUGGAAGUUCUAUUACACAAAUGUGAGGAGACAAGUUGGGAACAUGACAAUGGCCACUUAUGAAGGGAGUCUAGGGAGGGAGAUAAGUACAAAUUACCCCAUUGUGAAUUUCUUAAUGGCGGUGGAAGCAGAUUUCUUCAUUGGGGCAUUGGGGUCCACUUGGUGCUUCCUAAUAGAUGGGAUGAGAAACACUGGAGGUAAAGUCAUGGCUGGUUAUUUGAGCGUCAACAAGGAUAGAUUCUGGUAGGGACUUACUUGUAUUGUAUAGAUCGAUAGC